AUGUCUCAUCGCAAGUUCAAUGCUCCACGCCGUGGUUCCCUCGGCUUCCUUCCACGUGGCCGUUCUCAUGCCGUCCGUGGCCGCGUACGCUCAUGGCCAAAGGAUGAUGCUUCCCAGAAGCCACAUCUUUGCGCUUUCAUCGGCUACAAGGCUGGUAUGACACACGUUCUCCGUGAUGUUGUCCGUCCAAACUCUCGUCUCCACAAGAAGGAGGCUUGCGAACCAGUCACAAUCCUCGAGACACCACCAAUGUUCGUUGUUGGUAUCAUCGGCUACAAGCCAACAGUUGAAGGCCUCAAGCCAGUCACAACAGUCUGGGCUUCCUACGUCAACGAAGAAGUCAAGCGUAACUACUACAAGAACUGGUACCAGUCCAAGGCUCGCAAGGCUUUCUCCUGCCUUUCCAACGGCAAGGCUGCUGAGAAGCGCGAGAAGCAACUCGAAAAACUCCAGAAGGAGGCUACAGUCAUCCGUGUCAUCGCUCACACACAGUCCGCCAAGACAACAACACGCGGUGUUGAUGCUAACGAGCAGGGCGCCAAGAAGGUCCUCAAGGGCAACCACCUUGGCCAGAAGAAGGCUCACAUGAUCGAAAUCCAGAUCAACGGUGGCGAUGUUGCUGCUAAGCUCAACUACGCCAAGUCCAUCCUCGAAAAGGAGAUCAAGGUCGCCGAUGUCUUCACAGAGGGCGAACAGAUCGACACAAUCGGUGUUGGCAAAGGUUUCGGUUGGGAAGGUGUUAUCCACCGUUACGGCACAAAGCGUCUUCAGAAGAAGACCCACCGUGGCCGCAGGAAAGUUGCUUGCAUCGGCCCAUGGAACCCAGCUCGUGUUCUUUGGUCAGUCGCUCGUUACGGUCAGCGCGGUUGCCACCACCGUACAGAGAUGAACAAGCGCAUCUACAGAAUCGGUGCUGCCGAAGUUGAGGGCAAGAUCAACGAGGGUGGUUCUACAUCCUUCGAUCUCACAAAGAAGUCCAUCAACCCAAUGGGUGGCUUCCCACACUACGGUCUUGUCAAGGAUGACUUCCUCAUGAUCAAGGGCUCCGUUGUCGGCACAGUCAAGCGCGCCAUCACACUCCGCAAGACAAUCAACAUCAACACACGCCGUAUCGCCACAGAAGAAAUCAACCUCAAGUGGAUCGAUACAGCUUCCAAGUUCGGACACGGCCGCUUCCAGACAAAGGAGGAGCGCUCCAAGUUCCUCGGCAAGCUGAAGAUCUCCAAGAAGAACGAAGCUCAGCAGUAA